AUGCCUUCCACUGUGGAGUCCGAAGACCGGACAUACGUCCUCUCCCACCGUUCCAAGCAAACAGAAGAACACGAGCGUCUGAACCGACAGCACAAUCUCAUCCAGCAGACCUUUCUCAACAAUCAGCUCAUUCACCCUUCUAUCCGUUUGUCAUCACUAAAGGGUGGGGUUGCAGAUAUUGGCUGCGGAACAGGUAUCUGGCUGCGGGAAGUAGCUCAGACUCUACCAUCUCCAGCUGUUGAAAACACCCCAACCACAAACCCCCUCCCGUCUCUUGUUGGCUUUGACUUGAACGCAGCCGCAUUCCCCGAAAACCCCACCCCCGGAAUCCAACUUGUACAGCACGACUGCACUAAACCUUUUGACCCCCGCUAUCAUGGACAAUUCGACUUGGUCAAUAUUCGUGGCCUUGCUUACGCUAUCACGGAGGAGAAGCUGUCUCGAGCGCUCGAGAAUGCAUUGCUACUCCUGAAGCCAGGAGGCUAUCUCCAGUGGACGGAAAGCGAAGCCCGACUCUUCAAACUGUUCCCAGAAACACCCGACAUGCUCAAAGCACUGGAGAUCAUUGAUCUGGAGAGACGGGCUCGUGAUCUAGUACCUUAUCUGCCGCAUUUCAUGCUGCAAAGAAUUCUCUCACUCAAAAGUGCCAAUCAAGAAGAUGCUCUAAGUAUUCUUCAUUUCAAUCUACGUCCCGGAGGCUUCUGUCAGGGAGAUGCCGAUCCAGAGAUCUGCCUCCAAUUUUCAGACCUUCUCACAGACUCUGUCAACCUUUUUCUGCACUCUGCGCUCAUGAGAAUGGAGCAGCAACAGUCUCAGAACGGAACUGCAGUUGAAAACGGCAAUGUCGGGAAAAUAGAUCUGGAUCAACUUCGUAAACUAAAGACAUCUGUUAGUGAGACUAUCGAGGGUAAACAUGUCAGAAUGGGUGGGAUCUUUCCUCAUCUUGUGGCGCAGAAGAGAUAA